UCGUCAGACGGUCGCGGACGCGAGGGAUUGUCGGCGGCCAAAUUUAUCGUCCUUACGCGCGCCGCGAUGGUUCCGUUUGUGGUCCUGGCCGUCAUCUGCUCGGCGUACCUGUUUGCCAUCGGCCCGGGUUCCUCGUACGGUGCAAAAAUGAAUCAUCUCCAGAUACUAGACAGCCUGCUGAAGAAAAACUACGACAGACGAGCAACGCCGACGAACCACCUGAAUAAUGCUACUACUGUUCAUUGCGAGUUGUACAUCCGGAGUUUUGGAUCCAUUAGCCCAGUUACUAUGGAUUACGAGGUAGACCUGUACUUACGACAAAAGUGGCAAGAUGCAAGAUUACAACAUAAAGAUAUAACGGAAUCACUAGAUCUAAAUGAUCCAAAUUUAGUUAAAGCCAUCUGGAAACCUGAAGUUUACUUUCCAAAUGCAAAACAUGCAGAAUUCCAAUUUGUCACUGUACCCAACGUGUUGAUACGCAUCAAACCUGAUGGAGAUAUACUUUAUAUGCUCAGAUUGAAGUUGACAUUUUCAUGUAUGAUGGACUUGUCUAAAUUUCCGUUGGAUAACCAAAUUUGCACGAUGGAAGUGGCCAGUUUUUCAAAAACUAUUGAAGAACUUCGAUUGGAAUGGAAAAAUACAGAUCCUGUACUAAUGGCCAAAGGAUUGAGAAUGCCACAAUUUGAAAUUGUAAAUAUCGUGCCUUCCGACUGUCAAGAAUCUUUUCAAAUAGGCAAUUACAGUUGUCUAGUUGCCCAGUUCUAUCUAAGCCGUAGCGUGGGCUUCCAUUUGGUUCAGAGUUACCUGCCUACCAUGCUGAUUGUAGUUAUCUCAUGGGUGUCAUUUUGGAUGGACGUCGACUCCGUACCGGGCCGGACCACACUGGGAGUGACGACUCUGCUAGCUGUCGGUUCUCAAUCUUCGGGUAUCCAAAGUGGUCUACCGCAAGUCAGCUACGUCAAGGCCAUAGACGUGUGGAUGGGCACGUGUACAGCGUUCGUGUUUUGCGCAUUGCUAGAAUUCACGGUGGUUAACUAUAUGUGGAGAAAACUGAGACCAGACAUAUUAAGAAACAUAUUAACGGAACCGGUGAACGGUGGCACCGCGGGCCCAAAACCGUACGACGAAAAUCUACCCUCAUCACCGGUUAUACCAGUCAGCGUGGUCAAGAAAAUUUUACAGCAAGAGUGUGCCUACUCUACGUCCGCAGAAACUAACACAGUGCUGGCGAGAAAAAUCGACGAAUACUCCAGACUACUGUUCCCGGUCGCGUUCAUAGCGUUCAACGCGCUGUACUGGCCGUAUUAUUUACAAAACUAAACCGUCCCCGCGCCGCCACCGACGCCACAUCAACACCGGAAACACAGAAUACACACGACCCGACCGCGUAAAAUAAAAACGCGCCUAUAAAUAAAUAUAUAUAUACCACUCCACGUGACAUCUCCCAGUUACACUCGCGUAAUAACUAUUUAUUACAUAUUAAAAUAGACAUAAUAUUAUAAUAUUCAAAACGUUAUCAUCACCGCGGCCGCCCUCCUCCGUGCGUUUUCCCCCAACGAAAUCUUACCCAGAAAAAAAAAUAAUUAAACGGGCCGCGCCACUUCGAGUACGCACAUACGAGCCAGCCUCGCCGCGGGUACUUACACGACCUACGGAAAGUCGAUAUAUCUUGCUACAGUGUAAUGAUACAUGAUAUUGUUAUCUGCCGCAUGACACAAUAUCGACAAGCGCGUCACGUAAGCGUCGGCGUCGUCAUCGUCGGGUGAUAAAGAAGACGUUUUGUCCUUACGAAAAAUUUCGGCAUCCGGCCCGGCUCGUAGGUUUUUUUUUUUUUAACGUUUGAAUUCUUGUUUUCUACUUGACAAAGGCGACAGACGUUUACCGAUAACCCUUUCGCUACACAUCAUCGCCUCGAUCCGCUCAACCGAUCGCGUGGUUCUCGCGCUACAGACAUAUUAUAUUAUAUUAUAUUAUAUUAUAUGAUAUUUAUACACGUACAAACCACGCGACAUCUGCAAUUUUAUACAACGCAGUCCACAAACAUAUUUUAAUAAUGCAUAUUUUAUUCAAAUAAUGAUUUUUUUUUUUUAUAUAUAUAUAUUUUCUAGUGUUUAAUAAGGACAAUAUUUUCAAAUAUUUAGAUUUAGAGGAGAAUUGUAACUAUUUUUUUUUUUAAACUCGGAUUUACCUUUUUAAUGUUAACUAUUAAAAGGGUGAUUUUGUUGUGUCAUCAUAAUCAUAAAUAGAAGAAAUUCAAACUAGGUUAACUUAUUAUCUACACUAAGAAUAAAAUAUAUAGGUUUAGAAGAUUGGGUCUAAUAUAUAUAUUUAAAUUAAUCCAUUAACAUUUUAUAUAAUUUGUUAUAAUUCUCCGAGCCUAA